UUCUUUUUCCAUUGUUGAUAAUCUCGUUGAGAACAAACAACUUCAUUACAAAUUCCUUUACCAGCGCAACGUGUUUACAAGACAUCGUUAAGAACACUGAAGAAAUAACACUAAAACUGAAUACAAUGAUCGUGACGAUAUUUAUCGUCAUAAUUAUAUCAGCAACAUUUUUGUUCACGAUUUUCCGUGACAAAAAAUGUCUUCCAGGACCGUGGAAUUUGCCCAUUGUAGGUUACCUACACAAACUGGAUCCAGCAGCACCAUACUUAACUUUCACAAAACUAGGACAAGAAUAUGGACCUGUUUACAGUGUCAAACUUGGUUCUGUUAACGCCGUCGUUAUAACUGACGCUAAAAUACUAAAAAAGGUGUUAGCGAAGGAUGAAACACUUCAAAGACCGCAGCUCUAUCUUUUAGAUUGUGUAUUUAAUCGGAAAGGGAUUUUAAUGUUGCCUGUCGACGUAUGGAAAGAUCAACAUAAGUUUUUGAUACAUUUUUUGAGAAUAAUAGGGGCUAGUAAAGUUUCCCCAAAUAAGAAAACUUUUGAGGCGUUAAUAAGAAAAUAUUUGGAAGAAUUUGUACAACUUAUUAGAAGUCAAGAUCAUUGUGCAGCGAUGGAUCCUACAAAAUAUAUAGCCCAUUGUGUUAAUAAUAUCGCUGGCAUGAUGCUUCUGGGCAAAUCAUAUUCCUGGGACGACAAGACGGUUACCGACUUAACACAGAAUCUUGAUGAGGUAGUUAAACACGUGGCAUUUGGAGGUCCAUUGAACUUCAUGCCACUUCUACGUUUCAUACCAACGUUCAAAAAAUCACUAGCUUCGUUAAAAAAAUCCCUUCAUGUCGUUCGUGAUAUUCAAAAGAAACUUAUAAAAGAAUGCCAAGAAUCCACGUCUAGUAGCAAAAUAGAAGUUCCGUCAAAUCUCAUUCAGGCAUUUCUUCUUCAGAUGUCUAAGGGCAGCCCUGAGCACAUUUACAACCAUGACCAACUACGCUGCCUUUUAUUCGACCUUUAUGUUGCCAUCACUGAAACUGUCAAAACCUGCUUUCGUUGGAUUUUGUUAUAUUUGGCCCAGUACGAAGAAGUACAAAAUAAAGUACGACAAGAACUACUAGAGGUAGAAACGGAUGACUUUGCAGACUUACACUACACCAAAGCGACUCUCGCUGAAGUGGCCAGAAUCAGAACUGUAGUACCAAUUGGAGUACCACAGUUGGUUUCCGAAAAUAUUUGCGUCGAAGGAUUUGCCAUUCCAAAGGACGCAGUGAUAAUGCCGAUGUUAUGGGCGAUUCACAUGGAUCCGAAAGUUUACGAAGAACCGGAAGAAUUCCGUCCUGAAAGAUUUCUAAACAACGACGGAAAAUUUUUCAGACCGGAAUCGUACCUUCCUUUUCAGACCGGUAAAAGAAUGUGUAUUGCUGAAGACAUGACGCAGAUGAUGGUGUCGAUGUUUGUUGGUGUUGUGUUGAAGAAUUUUAAACUUGCACCUAGUGACUCUUCCCCGAUAGAUUUCACUGGCAUUUGUAAUUCUACUCUGUCUCCUAAACCCCAAAAAAUUGUGUUUAAACCGAUAUAAGGUAGCAAAUAGGGUUUUCGUGUGUUAGAGAUUUUACCAAUAGUUUUAUGGUGUACCAAGGUGGAUUUGUUUAUUAAAUGGAGUGGUGACACUAAUCAAUAGUGCCAAAA